AGGCGUGGCCUGUGCUACUGUCAGUCCCGGUGAAGGAGGCGUGGCCUGUGCUACUGUCAGUCCCAAUGAAGGAGGCGUGGCCUGUGCUACUGUCAGUCCCAAUGAAGGAGGCGUGGCCUGUGCUACUGUCAGUCCCGGUGAAGGAGGCGUGGCCUGUGCUACUGUCAGUCCCAAUGAAGGAGGCGUGGCCUGUGCUACUGUCAGUCCCAGUGAAGGAGGCGUGGCCUGUGCUACUGUCAGUCCCAAUGAAGGAGGCGUGGCCUGUGCUACUGUCAGUCCCGGUGAAGGAGGCGUGGCCUGUGCUACUGUCAGUCCCAAUGAAGGAGGCGUGGCCUGUGCUACUGUCAGUCCCGGUGAAGGAGGCGUGGCCUGUGCUACUGUCAGUCCCGGUGAAGGAGGUGUGGUUUGUAUAUCUGUUAUUCCUAGUGAAGGAGGCGUGGCCUGUGUACCUGUCAGUCACAGUAAAGGAGGUAUUUCUCUCUGUCAGUUGCCUGUCUGGCAGAUUCAGUGAAGGAGAUGAAGGAGGUGUGGCCUGGGAACCUGUUAGUCCCAGUGAAGGAGGUGUGGCCUGUGUACCUAAAGUUCCCUCUUUUCUCUCUGAUUAAAGCUGAACUGUUUGCACACACACACACACACACACACACACACACACACACGGCUAACAUGGACACGUGUCACACUCGGGCUGCAGCAUUGUGUGAGACAGAGGACAGACAUCAGCGCAGCUCGGCGACGUGCGUCAGCAAGGCCCCAAUUUCAUCAGCGUCGGUUUCGCAACGAUUUAAAGUGCAAAGGUUGAAGGACGUUCCACAAAGGAACAGAACGGGAGCGAGAGAGGAAAAGCAGAGCCAAAUAUAGCAGACAGCAGGACUGAGUGAUGAAAUAACAAAGAGCAGCUACGCUCACGGAAAAAGCGCUCAAAGAUCGAAGAAGUGCUGGAAGAAAGAAAAAAAACGCUUUCAGGGUUUCAGAGGCGCUGUUACGCAGCAC